GUGCCGCGUUUCGCCGUCUCGCAAGCGGCGCGCGGCAGCGGUACGCUCGCCACGACGGGGAAUUCGGAGUCGUAGAGCCUCAUACGCGGGUCAUAAACGAUCCGCGGCCAUAGUAGAGGUGCACGCGCGAGAAUCGAUCCGAAUCGCCGGCGAUAAACGCAUCUCCCGCGAGGCGAUCGUCGCGCGCCGCGUCGCCGCCGAGCGAUGAGUUCCAAGUUUAUCAUCGAUAGCAUGCUCCCGAAGUACCACCAGCAAUUCCAUCACCAGAAUUUGUUCGCGGGUGCUGGGGCGUCGCCUAUAGAGGCGUCGCUGUCUUCUUCGCUGUCGUCGUCGCUGUCGACGUCGCUGUCGUCCUCGCUGUCUGGCGGGCUGGGGGCAGCGGCAUUGGGAGCAGGCUCGCCGGGUGCCGGUAGCCCUCAACGCUCAUCAUCCUCAUCGUCGGCGUCGCCGGGGGCGCCGGCGAGGAUGUAUCCUUACGUGUCGCACCAUCAACAGUUCGGAGGCUCGGUGCCAUUCUCGGCGACCGGAGGGUUGUCAGCUGCGGAUGACAAGAGUUGCCGCUAUCCCGCCGCAGUCGGAGGUGAUCCUAUGGUGAACUACGCUUUGGGACAGCACAAUGGUGGAGCGGCAGUUUCAGCGGCGUCGGCAAGUAUGGCCGCGGCGGCUCAAUUCUACCACCAGGCGGCUGCGUCAGCAGCAUCGGCAGCAUCCGCAGCUACGGUGGACGCAAUGGGAGCAGCUUGUGCGCAACCCUCUGCCCAGCCUCUGCCCGAUAUCCCGCGGUACCCCUGGAUGUCCAUCACUGAUUUUCCAUUUCCAGAUUGGAUGAGCCCCUUCGACCGCGUGGUCUGCGGUGAGUUCAAUGGGCCAAAUGGGUGUCCACGAAGGCGGGGGCGACAGACCUACACGAGGUUCCAAACAUUAGAGCUAGAAAAGGAAUUCCACUUUAAUCACUACCUGACACGCCGGCGCAGGAUAGAGAUUGCACAUGCACUGUGCCUCACGGAGCGACAGAUAAAGAUAUGGUUCCAAAAUCGACGCAUGAAAUUAAAGAAAGAACUGCGCGCUGUGAAAGAGAUAAAUGAGCAGGCUCGCAGGGAGAGGGAAGAGCAAGAUAGAAUGAAGCAGCAACAGCAGGAGAAACAGGCGAAGCUGGAGGGCCAGCAUCACGGGCACCACGUCACCCACCAUCACGACCCUAUGAAGAUGCCUAUCGAUAAAGGCUCCAACGACCUCCUCAAAGUGAAUAAAGUCCCGACGUAAGGUGCUUAUGACACCGCAUAGGAAAUCUUGACUGAUCCUGUAUCAUAUAGUGUGAAUACAUGAAUGGAAGUGUUGCGUCCAUACGGACCUGCGGGCAACGUUUAGUCGUUUCGUAUCCACUAGUUUUAUGUUUUGCGGCUGAUUAUUAGAAGUGUUGCCUCGUUAUGGAGGCGUUCCGUGACUCUAUUAUAAUUAAUGUUCCUUUAGUGCGGAGGACUUGCCUACGUGUCGUUCGCUGGGUGGACAGGCUGGUGAUGUGCUUUAAGCAUUUAUUUUGUUGCCAUAACCACACCUUGUAUUGCAAUAAUAUUUUACUAAAAUUUACAAAAAACUUUAGAUUCGCUCUAAGAUUUACAUAGAAGCCCGAGUGAACUUCGGUAUUGUUAGUUAAGAUUUUAAAUCUGUGAAUCUCAUAGUAUUUAUUGCUACCACUUACUCUAAUCCAUUAUGUUAUAUUUUUAUUAUUAGAUAUUAUAUUAUGUACAUUUUGAUGUAUAUUUUAUUAUUUGUCCGCUUAUAGCGGACUGGUUAUGUUUUAUCCGUCACAUUUUUUUAUGAUUGUGAAAUUUGUUGUAUUUUAUCAGUUGAUUUCAAAAAGAGUUACUUUUAUUUUGACCAGAUUGUGAUUCAUUUCAGUAGUUUAAGUCCGAAAAUUGUUGUAUCAUUUUGAGCUUUUAAUUUUGAUAGGUGUACUAUGGACAAAUAUUAAUUAUUACCUGCAUAGCUAAUUCCGUAAGAACAUAAAGUGUAUAUUUAAAACAAAAUACGUAUGGAAGUACAAUUGCGAAUAGGUCGUCAUAACGUUCGUUGUGUUUUAUAUUUUCUGUCUAUCAGAAAUAAUAAUAUUGAUAUUAAGCGGUAUUUUUUGAUAGUUCUAAUUAAAGAAUACCAUGUCCAAUCGAAAUAGAACAAGAACAAAUAGAACAAAAAUAAUAAUAACGGAUCGGAACAGCAUGCGUGCGGUAUGUCGUCCACGAAUCCCAAGUCAUCUGAUGUUCAAAAUUAUAUACGUAACGAUGAUACAUAUAAUAAAUUACAAUAAUGUGACUAAAUAUAAAUUUUACACGUAAUAUUAAAGUUGAGUAGUAUAAGUGUAUUAUACAUAGUUAAAUAGGUUCGACUUUGUAUGGAGUAUUUGCUAAGAACAUUAAUAGGUAGAUACAUAACUUACUAAGGUAGAAUAAACAGUGGUCACAAGCUUUUUAGUCACAUUUCGUAUAUGUCAAUAUUAUUCUUGUGUUUUUCCUUACAGACAGAUCGUAUAUUAUCUAUAGAACAGGCUGUAUUUUUUACGAAGCUCAUAGAAAUUUAUCGGCUGAGUAAGUUAACGCGUCUACCAACAGCCUAUAAACUCAAGUAUUACUAGAGCUAAAAGACAUAUGUUUUUUUAGAACAAUCUUCUAUACAAUUGUAACUUAAUUUUGGCCACACGUAGAUACAUUUCCGUUCGCUUUCGAUUUCGAUUGUGCCAAAAUAUAAUAUUUAGCAUUUACCUACACUAUAACUACCUAUAUGUUUCUACCGCGUCCAUACGUUUGUUUUACUCGAAUACGUAAUAUCUGAACAAAAUUAGAAAUUUAAAAUUAGUCUUGAUAGUCACCAUUAUACGUAAAUUAAUGUCAGGGUAGAUUUAAAAGAAUAAAUAAAUAAAUAGAUAUCUGUAUUAAAAAUGGAAUCUUCGCUUAAUUUUGAUGAAUCACCUCUCAAUAUCUGUCCACUGUGUUAUUCGUAAAAUAUAGAAAUCAAUGUCGUGAUAUCAUUAGAAGAGAUUUUAAGUCGUCGGUAGAUUUAAGAUAUUCAUGAGACACGAAUCAUUCUUCCCAUUCCCACCAUUUAUUUAAACAUCUACAUAUAUCUUGAUAUUAAAUUGAAAUCUCUACCCAAGGAAAAUAUUAUUUUCUCCAUUAAAAUAUAGUUGGAAAUUAUGUUAUAAUAGUCAAUUAGUCAUUUAAAUUAAUGUUGUAUUGAAAAAAAAUUAAACAAAGGUGCAAUAAUUAAACGAUGUAUGUAAGACGUAUUUCGCUGGUAUUUCUUUUAGACGAGAACAAUUAAAGAGGUACAUAAUAUCAUACUAGCAGAGAUUUGGCAUAUAUAACAAAAUAAUAUAAUUUCUAUUGUUGUCGAUUUCGCCAUAUUAUUAACAAUUUUCAAGCAUAAAAAUAACAUACUGAAGAUAUAAGGUUGUCGUUAGUCAUAAAGUUUUAUCCCAUCUUAUUUUAAAAUAUAAAAUCGAGAAUCAAAAUCGAACAAAAUGUACUUAAGUAACUUUGGUAUAAGUAGGCUUUAUAAAUUAUAAUGCAUAGUUAUAAUACCGUAGAAACUUGUCAUAAAAAUAUAAGCGUAUGAAUCCGGUCGUUAGUGUUUGAGAAAAAUAAACGCCUAUGAAACUGUUUAGUAUCGUUUGGGAUUACUAUAAGCAAAGAUCUAAUUUUAUCUGUAUGCAUUGGAUUAUUCCAAUAUGGGACGUGCACAAAAUGCAUUGAAGUUAAACAAAAUAAACAAAAAAAUAAACACAAUUUGUGUAUACGAAUUUAAUUGUUACUUAUGCAUUUAUACACUAUGUUUAAUAGUUAUUUUGUUCCUUUAAUUAUUUGCUUCUAACGAACAUUGUUUUUAUGGGAAUGUGCAAAUUAGAAACCAGUGGUUUUCAAGGUUGUAAAUUGGUAGCGCCGGCUUAAUCGACCAUUAAGUUUGGCCCAACAAUAGGUAAAACUUAUAACAUAGUAUCGAUACUUGUGCAUGAACGUCCAUUGAUUUACGACAGGUUCUCUUUAUUGUUUCUGCCUCGUAAAGAACUGUAAUUCAUGUGAAACAAUGAGCAAUUUGCUAAAUAGAUUAUAUACGUCCUCCAUCCGUAAUGCUGUCUUGCCAUAUUGCUAGUAUUUUUGUAGACUGGUGAGGUAUACAUAUCUUACUAAUCGAAUGUAUAUCUCAAUACUUAUACGUAGCUUCGUUAUGCAAGUACAUUAUAGUGCGGAAUUAGUAAGUUGUUCACUGUGAUUUAGCACAUUACUUACUUCAAAGCAAAACAGUAUAUCUUGAUCAGCUUACAGGUAUACCUUUCUAUAGUUAUACCAGUGCAAUGUUGUGCACACUUAACUAUUUUUACUUGCUUAACGAAGCGUCCGAAUUAAUAUUCUUUUUAAUUAACAUCCCUUAAAAGUUUUUCCUCAAUUUAUCAUCUCAUUUAACUUGUUUAUUAAGUUUAAACUCAUUGUUGCGUUGUAAAGUUACUCCAUUUAAACGUGUUAACAAUGACAAGACUUCCGUUCUCUUAGUUCAAAUUAAUCUAUCAAUAUUGUCUUAAUAUAAAUGUAGCUAUGUAUGUAUGUACCUAUAUCUAUAUUUUUGAAUAUAGAAAUUAAAAUCGUCUUAAAAUAAGUAACUGUAAAUAGUUGUGAAAGUUUAUGUGGCGCAUUAUUUUUUGUUUACAUUAUUUUUGUUUAUGUUAUGUAUUUAUGUAUUGAGAUUUGUGUCAUAAAUGCUUGACCAUGAUAUUUUGAUAUCUUGUAAAUUAAAAAGCUACAAAUACGUGUUUUGGCCAAAAAGAACAAAAACUAAAUUCUUUAUAAGACCAGCUAUUCUCAGUAUUACGAGAGAAUUUGUAUUUUCUUUAACAGUGUUGAAUGCAUUUAUUUUAAUUAACGUACACAGGUCAAUUUGUACUGGUAUCUAUUGAAUUCAGUAAGAAACUGCAGUGCAGUAGGCACACAUAAGUGGUCUAUAGAUAAACAAUCUAUAGGUACUUACUUUUAUUACAAGAGAUAUCACAAAAUUGUGGUCAAACGUGAUCUAUGAUACGAUUCAACGUGACUGUGUCGUGGUAUAUAAGCAAAUAGUUGGGUGAUGUAUAUGAAGCCCGCAUUGAAUAUUGUAAUAUUAAUUUCAAAAAUUCAAGAGAAUAAAGAGUUAAUAAAAUAAUGGCUA